UGUCCCCUGGCCCUCUCCGUGCUUCAGUUGCCAUGUCACCACUGUUGUGAUGAUGACUUUCUGCCAGACGAGGCCCCCAGAACACUACUAUCAGACACACCAGCCAUGCCUGAAAUCCGCAUGUACAUCAAAAUGACCAUUCUGAAAGGCCUCAGAACUCAGAACUACACAUUGAAGCACCAUUCAGACAAACGCAUUGAACUGGUGUACACAGCAUCGAGUUUGCCGAAAAUGGAGGGUAUAGAAAAUACAGUCUUCUUCUUCAGUCCACAUGUUCACUUACCUUCCCUGACUCCACCCUCCAUUCACAGACCGACGCUUGACCACACCCCCGCUGCCACAGAGAUCUAUGUGCACAUCAUGCAGAAUGAGGAAGCAUGCACUCUGGUGUACACUCAACCUGUAGAGCGCUCCAUCAUGCAGAGCCAGAGCAUCCUGCUGACCCUCCAGCUCAACGACGAGGUGUGGGUGCGACUGUACAAGCGUGAGUGCGAGAAUGCCAUCUACAGCAACGAUGUGGACAUCUACAUCAUGUUCAAUGGAUACCUCAUCAUAUCCAACACAGACUGAGAGAAUCAGGACUAUGAGGGGUUUUGAAGUUAUUG